AUGGACGUAGAUGGAGUAAAAUCGAAAAAUGCAAUGGAACAUUUUGUUAAUUAUAAUCCUGAUAAAUUUUCAACUUUUUUCAAAUUCCCAAAUAGGUUAGCAAAACAUCUACAUGGUAGAGCAACACUUGCAAUAGUUCGAGCAGUACCAAAACAUUAUUUAGAUUUACCAACACUUAAAAAUAUCAAAAUUCAAAGAUGUUUUAAAUUUUCGAGUCGUUGGAGUGAUCGUGAGACAAAUUUACUAAAUAAUCUUGUUGCACACUUUGGUCCUUACUGGUUUUCCGUAGCUGCGAAUCUUCCUGGCAGAAUUCUAAAUAUGGAAGAUAGCAGAUUAUUACCCAUACUUUUACUUGAUGUCUAUCCUAAUCGUUUGACAGCGACUGAAUUAAAAAAGUUAUUUAUUCUUGCGAGGGAACAUGAUUCAAAUUGGUUUAAAAUAGCUGAAAAUUUACCGGGAGGAACACCAUCUUAUGCUGAUUGUCUUGAAUCUUAUCAUUCUCAUAAAUAUUUAUUUGCUCAUGUUUCAUAUCAACGUGAGUUAAUUUCUUGGUCAGAAGCAGAGGAAAAAUUAUUAAAGGAUUUAAUAGGGAACUACAAUGAGGAUUUUGAUAGAAUUGCAAAAUUCUUUCCUGGGAGAGGAUAUACUUCUAUAAGAACAUAUUAUAGUCAGCAUCAAGAAGAAUUUGGUUUAAAGGAUUGUUCAUUAGAUGAAAUAGAGAAAAAAGCACCAUGGACAGGAAUUGAAGAAAAUAAAUUAAUUAAUCUUGUCAGACUUUAUCAUGAAGAAUGGAAACAGAUUUCUAAUUAUUUACCAAAUAGAUCUCCAGAAGCCUGCAAACGCAAACAUUAUACCAUUCUCCAUCAGGAAGUACCAAGCUCGGAAUUAUUUCUAAAAAUUAUUUAA